AUGAGUGAUGAGGAGAUCACUUACUCAACUGUGAGAUUUGGUAAGUCUUCAGAAUUGCAGACCCGAGGAAAGCAUGAUGAGACUCAAGCACCGAGACAAACUGUUCACAGAGUUUCUCGGGAUAGUGGAAACAAAUAUGAACUGCACAAAAAUCUAAACAACCUCACUCAACAGUAUCACACCCUGCAAAAGAGCAACUCCCUGAUGAAAGAAAUGCUGAAAAAUAAGUCUAGAGAGUUUGAUGACCCCAAACGUCAGAAGGAACGUGACUCCUGCAACAGAUGCUAUGGGGAAACUAAAGUUUUAGAUUGCAUACAGUUCACAGGCAAAAAUGUUGAAGGACACUGGUUCUGCUGUGGCAUAAAAUGUUAUUUCACUGUGGACAAUAAACACUGGAGUGGAUGUAUACAGACCUGCCAGUAUUACAGCUUAAAACUUUUGAAGAUAGACGAUGAUGAUGAACUGAAAUUCCUUCAGUUCAAAGUUAAUUCAAACUAUUACUGGAUUGGAUUAUCGUAUGAUACAAGAAAAAGCAAAUGGCAAUGGAUUGACAAUGGCCCAUCUAACCUUGAUUUGACAACAGUGAAAUCAUUACAGGAACGUAUAGGCUAUGCAUUUCUCAGUUAUCAAGGAAUAAACACCGAUGACUGUGGUAGAAACCAUGCCUGCAUCUGUGAAAGGAGAAUGGAUAAAUUCCCUCAUCCAGUGUGCAGUAUGAAGGAAAAGUAA